AUGGCAGUGGCAAACAGUUUGCCCUGCAUUGCUGUCAUUAUCUCCUUAACAUGGAUGGUUGAAGCUCGAAUUCCAGAGAUUUACUCUUGUGCAUGGCAAAGUGCUUACUCUACAUUCUCCGGAGAAUCGAUGCUUCCUGCACCGUGGAUGGUUCUGGAUAUGGAGAAGAGUAUAUACACUUUUCUCACCGUGCACCGUUGGGAGUCACUGAACUGUAUGAAAUAUAGGUUGUCUUCCCUUAGGCCUGUCCAUGGAAGGUUGGCUCUGAAAUUUCUCAAUUGGCUCAUAAAGCAACCCAAUUUGGAGCUCAAACACGUUACUCAUAUUAUCUGCACUACUACCCACAUACUUGUUAGAGCUAGAAUGUACAACUUUGCCAAAACAACCUUAAAGCAUAUGUUACAACUGCCUAUUGGUUUAAACUCUGUUUUUGGUGCUUUGAUGGAGACAUACACCGUUUGCAACUCAAACCCAGCUGUUUUUGACCUCCUGAUUAGGGUUUGUUUGAGAGACAAGAUGGUUGGAGAUGCUGUGCAGACAUUCUACUUGAUGGGGUUACGAGGACUGAUGCCAUCUGUAUGUACUUGUAACAUGGUGUUAGGUUCCCUUGUGAGGGAGCAGAAAGUUGACAUGUUUUGGUCCUUUUUCAAACGGAUGCUUACCAAAGGGAUUUGUCCUAAUGUUGCUACAUUCAACAUAUUGUUGAAUGCUUUGUGCGAACGGGGUAAGUUUAAAAAUGCUGGCUUUCUCUUGAGGAAAAUGGAAGAAAGUGGUGUUUAUCCAACUGCAGUCACUUACAAUACUUUGCUUAACUGGUAUUGCAAGAAAGGAAGGUACAAAAAAGCAUCUGAGCUGAUUGACUCCAUGACAUCUAAGGGUGUUAAAGCAGAUGUUUGUACAUAUAAUGUUUUGAUAGAUAAUUUGUGCAGGGAAAAUAGAAGUGCAAAAGGUUAUUUAUUGUUGAAAAGGAUGAGAAGGAAUAUGGUGUAUCCUAAUGAGAUAACUUAUAAUACUCUUAUUAAUGGAUUUGUGAAAGAGGGGAAAAUUGGACUUGCUGCAAAAGUUUUUGAUGAGAUGUCAUCAUUUAAUUUAUUACCCAACAUUAUCACUUACAAUACUUUAAUUGCUGGGCACUGUAGGAUGGGCAACUAUGGGGAGGCAUUGAGAUUGAUGGAUUGUAUGGUAUCGUGUGGUUUAAGACCUAAUGAAGUUACAUAUGGGGCUCUUUUGAAUGGGCUAUCCAAGCAUGAUGAAUUUGGUUCGGUAUCUAGUGUUCUUGAGAGAAUGAGGAUGGAUGGGGUGGGAGUUGGUCACAUUAGUUAUACAGCAAUGAUUGAUGGAUUGUGUAAAAAUGGCAUGCUUGAAGAAGCUGUGCAAUUGCUGGAUGAUAUGUUAAAAGUUUCUGUCAGUCCUGAUGUUGUUACAUAUUCAGUGCUCAUAAAUGGAUUUUUUAGGGUGGGGAAGAUUAAUAAUGCCAAGGAAAUUAUGUGUAAGAUGUAUAAGACUGGACUUGUGCCAAAUAGCAUUUUAUGUUCAACAUUAAUCUACAAUUAUUGCAAAAUGGGAUACUUAGAAGAAGCAUUACAUGCUUAUGCAAUUAUGAAUCUUAGUGGUUAUGCUGCUGAUCACUUUACAUGUAAUGUGUUGGUUGCCACUUUCUGUAGAUGUGGAAGACUCGAAGAGGCUGAGUAUUUUAUGGAUCACAUGAACAGAAUGGGUCUUGAUCCUAACUCCGUUACUUUUGAUUGUGUUAUAAAUAGUUAUGGAAAUUCUGGUGAUGCAUUAAAAGCAUUUUCCAUGUUUGAUAAAAUGAAAUUGUUAGGCCAUUUGCCAAGUCAAUUCACGUAUGGGGGUCUAUUGAAAGGACUUUGCAUCAGUGGACAUAUUAAUGAAGCCUGGAAGCUUUUCCGUAGACUUUGUUCCAUUCCUAAUGCUGUCGAUAAUGUUAUCUUCAACACAAUGCUUACUUCUACAUGUAGAUCUGGAAAUCUAUCUGAUGCAAUUGCCCUUAUUAAUGACAUGGUUACAAAAGAUUUUCUGCCCGACAAUUUUACAUACACAAAUCUUAUUACGGGGCUAUGCAAGAAGGGUAAAGUAGUUGAUGCACUUCUUUUGUCAGGGAAGGCAAUUGAAAAAAAACUAUUAUCUCCAAAUCCUGCUGUGUACACCACCUUAGUCUGUGGUCUUCUUAAGCAUGGACAUUCAAGAGCAGCUUUGUAUAUUUUUGAAGAAAUGCUAAGCAAAGGUGUGGAGUUUGAUACCAUAGCAUUCAACGUAAUUUUAGAUCAAUACUCAAGGAAAGGGAAAAUGUCGGAGGUCAAUGAUAUUGUUUCAACAAUGAAGAGUAGAAAUUUAUGCUUCAAUAUGGCUACUUACAACAUCCUACUACAUGGAUAUGCAAUGAGGAAUGCAAUGGCAAGAUGUUUUAUAUUGUACAAAGACAUGAUCAGAAACGGUUUUCUACCAGAUAAGUUUUCAUGGAACUCUCUUAUUCUUGGGUAUUGCAAGUCCAAAUCAUUUGAUGUUGCUAUUAAAAUUUUAAGAUGGAUAACACUGCAAGGAUUUGAAACUGAUUGUUCUACAUUUAACGUUCUUUUUUCCAAGUUCUGUGAAAGGAAUGAGAUGAAAAAGGCCUUUGAUCUGUUAAAACAAAUGAAUCAGUUUUCAGUUACUCCUAAUGUAGAUACAUACAAUGCCCUUUUUAAUGGACUCAUUAGAACUAGUGAUUUUGAUAAAGCCCACCGUCUUUUGCAAGCCUUGUUGGAAAGUGGUUCUGUUCCUACGAGUAAACAAUAUAUUACUUUGAUCAAUGGCAUGUGUAGAGUUGGGAACAUAAAAGGAGCAUUGAAACUUCAAGAUGAAAUGAAAGCACUUGGUGUCUGCCCCCACAAUGUUGCUAUGAGUGCUACUGUUAGAGGGCUUGCACAUUCAAGGAAGAUAGAAAAUGCUAUUUGGGUUUUUGAUUUGAUGCUUGAGAUGCAAAUCAUUCCAACUGUUGCUACCUUCACUACAUUAAUGCACGUAUAUUGCAAAAAAGCUAAAGUUGCAAAAGCUUUAGAAUUGAGGAGCACAAUGGAACGUUGUCAUUUGAAGCUUGAUGUUGUUGCGUAUAGUGUUCUAAUAUCUGGCCUUUGUGCUAAUGGAGAUAUUGAAGCAGCUUUUAAACUUUAUGAAGAGAUGAAACAAAGAGACCUUUGGCCUAAUACCUCUAUAUACAUAGUUCUUCUUGAUUCUCUCUGUGCUGGAAAUUAUCAUACCGAAAGUGAAAAACUUUUGAGGGACAUACAGGCCAGGGAAAUGGUUUCUUUUAAUUCAUAUGGAGGCACGAAAAGAUUGAAUGAGUUAUUGAUUAUUGCUAGGAAAAAGUUAAUUAACUUGAGGUUCAAAAUGAAAAUGCCAGGAGUUUACGGCAAAACUCCAUUUCUUCGAGACGCUGCAUUAGCCAAUAGGUACUGUCGAAAUCUCUUGUUCCUUAAAUUGCAAGAGAAAUUCAGAAAAUCCACUGCACUUGUUCUCCAAGGAGUGAAGCAUUCAAAAGUGUUUGCGUACUCCAUGUUACCCCAUGAUGUUGUUUCAAAACAUCAGGACUUGAUGACUACCGAUAGUGAGGAUAUGUCAAGAAUGUAG